AUGAAAACACGGCAGCGGCAGUUGCCGAGGAGGUCCAUAGCGAGAUGUCGAUGUGUAUCAAAGCUCUGGAACUCCACGCUUCACAGUCCAUAUUUCAUCGAGUUUUUGACUCGCCCUCGGCUCUUGUUCUCCUUCCGAAAAGACCGUGAGCUCUGCUUCUUCUCGUCCCCUCAAGAUGAGAACUCGUCUCCUGUAGACGCAGAUUAUCAUCUCAAGCUCAAAUUGAAGACUCCUUUGAAUUUGUGGUCAUGUCCGAGGACAGUUGUUGCCUUUACCAAAAGUGAAGACGAAGAGGAGCUUCUAGUGAAGAGUUUUCUUGGGUUUGAUCCGACUGAUGAAGAAUUCAAGGUAUUGACCAUAACCGGUGGGAUUGAGCAUCGAGUUCUGACGUUAGGGACUCGAAAACUUGAAUGGAGAAUGGUCGAAUGUGGCAUUCCAGAUCAUUAUCCUAUAGUGAUGGGAUAUGCAUCAAUGGUGACGAAAAAGCAGACAUAUUGUGUUGUGGGUUCUAGAGACGCAGAGACACUUGAAUGGUCGAAGCAUGUAUACGUAUUGCCACAACCUCUGUGGAAGAAUGUAGUUGGAGAGACCAUGUUAUACUUUGUUGGAGUGACUGGUGGUACCGAUGAAGUUGUCUUGUGGCCGUACUCUCUACGUGCUCCGUUCUAUGUUUACUACUACAACAUGGAGAGGAACACUUUGAGAAGAGUUGAGAUCAAAGGAAUGGACGCGGUUAGGGACUACACAGCGUACAUGUCUCUAGACUAUGUAGAGGACGUGAAGCUUAUGAAGCAUGUUUAG